AACAGAACUGAGGCCACAUUUUAGCCUUGCAUCUGAGAGUGAUACCGCCGAUCAAGAAGACUUGGAUGCAGAAGAUGACCAUGAAGAGCAGCCUUCAAAUCAAACUGUCCGAAGACCUCAUGUGGCCCUUGAAGAUGCUGUGGCCACCUCAGGGGUGAGCACACUCAGUUCUACUGUAUCCCACGACUCCCAGAGUGCUCACCGAUCACUGAAUGUACAGCUUGGAAGGAUGAAAAUAGAAACAAAUAGAUUACUGGAAGAAUUGGUUCAGAAAGAGAAAGAAUUACAAGCACUUCUUUGUCAAGCUAUUGAAGAAAAAGACCAAGAAAUUAAGCACCUGAAGCUUAAGUCCCAACCAAUAGAUAUUCCUGGGUUGCCUGCGUGUCACCUGAAUUCUCCUGGCGCAAAUACUGAAGACUCUGAACUUACUGAAUGGUUGAGAGAAAAUGGAGCUGAUGAAGACACUAUAAGUCGGUUUUUGGCUGAGGAUUAUUCACUAGCAGAUGUUCUCUACUAUGUUACACGUGACGAUUUAAAAUGCCUGAGACUAAGGGGAGGGAUGCUGUGUACACUGUGGAAAGCCAUCACUGACUUUCGAGACAAACAGACUUGACUGUCGCUCAAUUUGUUUCCAGCUUUCCUUGGAGAUUCUAAAAACGAAUAUAGACCUGAUCUUCUAGGCGAGGGAGAAUCGAAGGGAGAGGAGAAAGAAGCUGCACUUUAAAUCCAGUAUUUGUUUACUCGUGUUAAAAAAAACAAAACAGACAAAAUACACUGAAAUUUCCUAACUGCUUCUAUUUCUAUGAUUCAUAAGGACUCUUUGUAAGGACUCUCAAAAUAAUCCUAAACACUGCGAUGUUUGGGAUUAUUUUAGUCUGAACAUUUUUAUGGAAAUAUUGUUAAUUCAGCGGCUAUAGCACUUCAGCCAAAUGUUUAUUUCACACGAAACAGAUAGAACAUUUCAUGUGAUUGUGCAUCACUGGAACAAAACCAAAAUGUGACCAUAACUUUUUAGGCUUAUGUGUGUUUGUAAUAUGCCCUAAUAAUUUGAGUAGAAAUGCGUGAUUUUGAUUAUUGUAUAAAGUUUAUGGGUUUUUUUAAGUGUGCAGAAUCUGAGAGCAAUGGUUUUUACUUACCUGUAUUAAU